AUGGAGGAAGAUGGAUUGUUAGAAGGCGGUUUAGAAAUCAAAGAAACCAAAAACCAAGAUGAAGAAGUAGUACUAAUGCAUGUCAAGGAGAAAGAAAAAAUAAACAUUCCAUUUUCUGAAGCACUAGAACAAAUUCUAAUAUAUGUCAAGUUCAUGAAAGACAUCAUCUCCAAAAAGCGCUCCACUAAUAUAGACCCGAUCAUCCUGACUGAAACAAGUAGUGUCAUUACUCAAGGUAUGAAAAUCCCAGUGAAAAAGAAAGAUAGGGGAUCAGUUACUAUUCCUUGCACUAUUGGUGAUAAAAAAUUCAAGAAGGCUCUGAUUGAUUUGGGAGCAAUUGUGAUUUUGAUGCCACUAUCCAUCUAUAAGAAAUUAGGCCUUGGUACCGUUCAAGAUACUAGGAUGACACUUCAGUUUGUCGAUCGCUCUAUUAGGCGACCAAAUGUUCUGGUAAAUAUAGAUAAGUUUGUUUUUUCGGUUGACUUUGUCAUUUUGGAGAUGCCUGAAGAUGAGGAGAUUCCUCUCAUAUUGGGCAGAUCACAUGACGGUGCAUGA